GAGUUUCCAAAAAUCUACCGAUCGUGUCGCUUGUGUUGAUUUUUUUUUCAUUGUUUUGAUUAAAAUGUUUUUUAAAUUGUUUUUGUAAACAAAUGUUUCCAUUGUCAUUAUUGGUCUUAAUUAGUUUAAUUUAGUUAAAUGAUUUGAUCAAAGGUUGAGAAAAUAGUAAAAUGGAUAAUCAGACAGAAUCUAAUUGUGAUCAGAUUCAGAAUCAAUUAUCUGAUUCUGAUAAUUUUUCACUUGGUAAAGUGAAAAAUGAAACCCAAGAUGAAACAAUGGAUAACAAUGUUUUUGAAACAUCAAUUGCAUUACCAGUCAGCCUACCUGUGAUUAAUGACCAAUCUCUUAGUCUAUUAAAUGAAGAAGUGACUGAAGAUCAACUUGCAGCGUUUUUAGGUGAUUAUUUUGCAAACAAUCAAGAAACAUUUUCCAGUGAUAAUACAACGACGACGACAACAUCUUUGGUUAAACAGGAAAAAGAAACGAAUUCCAACAAUCUUAAUUUUUUUGAUAAUUCUAAAUCAAAUGAGGAUAAGAUGGAUCAACAACCAGAGGCGAUAAUCAAUUCUGAACAGUCUCAUAAUCAAGGGUUGAACAAUUAUCCAAAUCAAAGUCCCUCGAAUGUUUUUCAAUCCUCUGAAAUCAGAAUGGCCACUUAUACACCUUCGAUCAAUAGGCCUUCAUUUCAAGGUCCCUCACCACAAUCAUUAUCUCUUGUUAGUAGUAUGAAUGGUAAUUUCGUAAUGCCCAGUUCAAGUGUUCCUCAGCAAUCAUAUAUGGGUGGAAAUAUCUCCCAAUCUCCUGGAUAUCAAUGGGAUCUUGGUAGCUCAACGCGAGUCCCGCCAGUAUUUUCUAAAUCAAAUUCUGAUAAUUAUUUUGCUCGAUUAUUUGAUCCAUUUGGAAAUGUUCUUAAUCAACAGAACCGUCAGAUGGGCCAAAACACCAAUACAAAUUCAAACAAAUCAACUGGAGUAAAAAAUGGCAGGAUUCGAAGGUAUUUCAAUGAUAAUCAUGCCUCUCACAUGCGAAAUACAUUUAACAGGAUCAACCAACAAACAUCAGUCGAUUUUGACUUAAUGACAAAAGUUUUCAACGAUCUCAAAGCACCGUACGAGCUUCCAUUCACCAAAGAACAAGUUAUCGAAUGUUAUGAUUGGUUCGUGGGUGCAAUACAAUAUAAUUAUGUUCCAGGAAGACGAAAACAAUUACCUCGCGAAACAAAUCAAAGUGCUUUGAGAGAUGAAUUAAGAAUGAUCGAAGCGGCGAAAAAAGCAGCUGACCCUUCGAAAGAAGUAAUUUGCCUGGACUGAGUCGAUAACUCGAUAUUCAUUGACCUAAUUUUUUGAAACCAUCAACUUUGUAAAUCGCCACAAUAAAAGACUUCUCAUUAUUUUAAUGAAAUAUUAGGUUCAUA